GCAACAAAGACGGUCUGCGCAGUUGUAAACAAUUUUGGCAGCUGGCUGCGCGAAGCUGCCAUGGUGAUGUAUAAUUAGUGUUCAUGUUCUUUGCAACCAUUGAGCGCUGUGUAACGUCAGGAUUGGUAGAAAACCCCAUAGCAACGAGUCCACAAAAACUACACGUAUACGUUGCUAUGUCCCGCGAUUACAAAUUUCUGGCCGGCCAGCACGCGAUAACGAUCUAAAUGUCCGCGCGGAACAGCGCGUGUACGUACGUACGUGGACAGAGCUAACGCAUGCGCAAAAGUAUUUAUUGCGUCACUUUUGUAAACGAUUUGAUUGGCUGAAGUUGCGCUCCGUAUCCCCGAUGACGGUGCAGAGUAUACGGAGGGCCGGGAAGAAAAACUUCCUUCGCAACACAGCGAGCUCAUUCUGCCUUGCAAAAGCCCCCGUUACGCGGUUUGUGCAAGCCUUUCUGCAGUAUCACUUCUCUCGCUUCUCCUUCCAAAAGAACCAGCAAAAUGGUACGUUAUUUUACCAAAAAUUUUUUUGUGCGGCUGCGAUCGGCUUUACUUCGAGUGAGUCGGCUGCCGAAAUCUUGCAGCAGCAGAAGGAGUUUUUUUUCGUGCCGGUUGCCACUUAUUUUGCCUUUAAUUUUCUUUCGCAGCGCGAGUGCAUAUCUAUCCAUGUAGGACAAGCCGGCGUGCAAAUCGGCAAUGCAUGCUGGGAGCUCUUCUGUCUGGAGCACGGAAUCCAGCCUGACGGACAGAUGCCUUCCGACAAGACCAUCGGUGGGGGAGACGACUCCUUCAACACGUUUUUCAGCGAAACUGGAGCUGGGAAACACGUACCCCGUGCCGUGUUUGUCGACCUGGAGCCUACCGUUGUGGAUGAGGUGCGGACUGGCACCUACCGUCAGCUGUUCCACCCAGAGCAGCUCAUCACAGGCAAGGAAGAUGCUGCCAACAACUACGCUCGUGGUCACUACACCAUUGGGAGAGAGCUCGUUGAUCUCGUGCUCGACAGGAUCCGCAAGCUAGCCGACCAGUGCACUGGUCUCCAGGGAUUCCUCAUUUUCCACUCCUUCGGUGGCGGCACUGGCUCAGGGUUUGCCUCUCUUCUCAUGGAGCGGCUCUCGGUCGACUACGGGAAGAAAUCCAAGCUGGAGUUUGCCAUCUACCCAGCUCCCCAGAUAUCCACCGCCGUCGUUGAGCCUUACAACGCCAUCCUGACCACCCACACCACUCUGGAACACUCCGACUGUGCCUUCAUGGUGGACAACGAGGCCAUCUACGACAUCUGCCGCAGGAACCUCGACGUCGAGCGACCCACCUACACCAACCUCAACCGUCUCUUCGGCCAAAUCGUCUCCUCCAUUACUGCUUCUCUUCGUUUCGAUGGAGCCCUGAAUGUGGAUCUGACAGAGUUCCAGACCAACCUGGUGCCUUACCCUCGUAUCCACUUCCCCCUUGCCACCUAUGCUCCUGUCAUUUCGGCCGAAAAGGCCUACCACGAGCAGCUCAGUGUGGCUGAAAUCACCAACGCCUGCUUCGAGCCAGCCAACCAGAUGGUGAAAUGCGACCCUCGCCACGGCAAGUACAUGGCAUGCUGCAUGCUGUACCGUGGAGACGUGGUCCCCAAGGACGUCAACUCAGCCAUCGCAACCAUCAAGACAAAGCGCACCAUCCAGUUUGUGGACUGGUGUCCCACUGGCUUCAAGGUCGGCAUCAACUACCAGCCUCCCACCGUCGUUCCUGGAGGUGACCUGGCCAAGGUGCAGCGCGCAGUGUGCAUGUUGUCCAACACUACUGCCAUCGCCGAGGCCUGGGCUCGUCUCGACCACAAGUUCGACUUGAUGUACGCCAAGCGUGCCUUCGUCCACUGGUACGUGGGAGAGGGUAUGGAGGAGGGAGAGUUCUCCGAGGCUCGCGAGGAUCUGGCUGCCCUCGAGAAAGACUACGAGGAAGUCGGUCUCGAUACCGUCGAGGCUGAGGGCGAAGAAGAGGGGGAAGAGUACUAAACCUUGACCACCACUAACUGUGAACCCAAAACUCGUGUAUUAUAUUAGAGAGUGCAUAGCUAGCUAGUUUACUCAGUUUACAUAUAACGCAAAAUGCGCAUGCGCAAAUAUAUUAAUUGCGUCACUUGUAAAGGAUUUGAUUGGCUGAAGUUGCGCUCCGUAUCCUCAAUGACGGUACGGGAGGGCCCGGAAGAAAAACUCCCGCGCAACACAGCGAGCUCAUUUCUGCCUUGCAAAAGCCCCCGUUACGCGGUUUGUGCAAGCCUUUCUGCAGUAUCACUUCCCUCACUUCUCCUUCCAAAAAAACAGCAAAAUGCGCGAGUGCAUAUCUAUCCAUGUAGGACAAGCCGGCGUGCAAAUCGGCAAUGCAUGCUGGGAACUGUACUGUCUGGAGCACGGCAUCCAGCCUGACGGACAGAUGCCUUCCGACAAGACCAUCGGUGGGGGAGACGACUCCUUCAACACGUUUUUCAGCGAAACUGGAGCUGGGAAACACGUACCCCGUGCCGUGUUUGUCGACCUGGAGCCUACCGUUGUGGAUGAGGUGCGGACUGGCACCUACCGUCAGCUGUUCCACCCAGAGCAGCUCAUCACAGGCAAGGAAGAUGCUGCCAACAACUACGCUCGUGGUCACUACACCAUUGGGAGAGAGCUCGUUGAUCUCGUGCUCGACAGGAUCCGCAAGCUAGCCGACCAGUGCACUGGUCUCCAGGGAUUCCUCAUCUUCCACUCCUUCGGUGGCGGCACUGGCUCAGGGUUUGCCUCUCUUCUCAUGGAACGGCUCUCGGUCGACUACGGGAAGAAAUCCAAGCUGGAGUUUGCCAUCUACCCAGCUCCCCAGAUAUCCACCGCCGUCGUUGAGCCUUACAACGCCAUCCUGACCACCCACACCACUCUGGAGCACUCGGACUGUGCCUUCAUGGUGGACAACGAGGCCAUCUACGACAUCUGCCGCAGGAACCUCGACAUCGAGCGACCCACCUACACCAACCUCAACCGUCUCUUCGGCCAGAUCGUCUCCUCCAUUACUGCUUCUCUUCGCUUCGAUGGAGCCCUGAAUGUGGAUCUGACAGAGUUCCAGACCAACCUGGUGCCUUACCCUCGCAUUCACUUCCCCCUCGUCACAUACGCCCCUGUCAUUUCGGCCGAAAAAGCCUACCACGAGCAGCUCAGUGUGGCUGAAAUCAGCAAUGCCUGCUUCGAGCCAGCCAACCAGAUGGUGAAAUGCGACCCUCGCCACGGCAAGUACAUGGCAUGCUGCAUGCUGUACCGUGGAGACGUGGUCCCCAAGGACGUCAACUCAGCCAUCGCAACCAUCAAGACAAAGCGCACCAUCCAGUUUGUGGACUGGUGUCCCACUGGCUUCAAGGUCGGCAUCAACUACCAGCCUCCCACCGUCGUUCCUGGAGGUGACCUGGCCAAGGUGCAGCGCGCAGUGUGCAUGUUGUCCAACACUACUGCUAUCGCCGAGGCCUGGGCUCGUCUCGACCACAAGUUCGACUUGAUGUACGCCAAACGUGCCUUCGUCCACUGGUACGUGGGAGAGGGUAUGGAGGAGGGAGAGUUCUCCGAGGCUCGCGAGGAUCUGGCUGCCCUCGAGAAAGACUACGAGGAAGUCGGUCUCGAUACCGUCGAGGCUGAAGGCGAAGAAGAGGGGGAAGAGUACUAACAUUUCUAACUUUAUGUAAAACUCUUUGGACACUAGUUUUUAUCCAUAUAGCACAGUUUUAUUACUGCUGAACAUGUUCUUUGCAUAUGGGCGGUGGGUGGUACGUGAUAUUCACUAUGACUCAGCGAUUGGGCGAGAAGCACAUUCAUUCGUGUGGUCAUG